GUCAUGGAUAGGAGGCAGGGUGAGGCUCGAGCUGUGGAGCCAUGUCCUCCUCUCCUCACACUCAGGCGGGUUGUUCUCCUCUUCUCUAGUCUGAGUUUCUUAUCUUCCUGCGUGCAAACUUUUAAAGAAAGACGACGUGCGGAUUCGGAAUGCAGACAUCUUCACCGUGGUGAUAAGAGACAUGUGAAGGACGUCGGAGCUUUGGGAGAGAGACAGAGACAGAGAGAGAGAGAGAGAGAGAGAGAGAGUUCAAAUGUUUGCCAGAGUCGAGUCCAGUGCUGGAUCUUCCUUUGCAGAGAAAGUAAAUGUGGAGUCACAGCGCGUGCACGAUGAAGCAGAUGUAAGUCAGAGAAGAGCUGGCGAUGUACAGCAACAGGAGGCGGAGCAAUGGGAGCUGGCAAUGAAAAGGAGCCGGGCUGAAAAAGUUGAGCAGAGGCAAAGGCCUUCAAAGCAUCAUGGUGGCCUUCCUGUGCCUCAGCCUGACCUCUCUGCUCGCCCAGGUCACGGCAGGAGGGGUGAAGAACUGCCACCCGAAGUGCCGCUGUGAGGUGGAGAGCUACGGCCUGUUCGACAGCUUCAGCCUCACCAAGGUGGACUGCAGUGGACACGGACCGGACGCCACUCCCAUCCCCAUUCCUCUAGACACGUCCCACUUGGAUCUGUCCCACAACUCCAUCAGCUACAUCACCGACUCCAUGCUGUCAGGACCCGGAUACACGACUCUGGUCAGCUUGGAUCUCAGCAAGAACCUCAUAUCACGAAUGAGCUCCAAGGCCUUUAACAAACUGCGCUACCUGGAGACCCUGGACCUCAGCCAGAACGUUCUGGAGAACCUCAGCGAUGGAUGCUUCUCCGGUCUCCCCUUAACCGAGGUGGAUCUCAGCGACAACAGAUUUCGCGAGUUCGACCUAAACGUUUUCAACACACGAGGCCCGGAAACCCCUAUCAGCGUAGAUCUUUCUAACAACCUUCUCAGCGCGAUCUCGAGAAACCCUCGCCUCCAUGCGCCGUACAUCAAGAGCCUGAUGCUGGCAGGCAAUCAGCUCAGGACCGUGCCCAGACUUGCAGGAAUUCGCUUGCAGUAUUUGAGCCUGGAUGGAAAUCUUAUCCGCAGCAUCGAUGAAGGAGCCUUCGAGGAGCUGACGGAUCUCGUCUAUCUCACUCUCAGCGGCCUCCCCGAGCUGUCCGUCAUCCAUCCGAACAGCUUCAGAGGCCUGAGGAAUCUCCAAGUCCUGGACCUUUCAAACAACUUUCAGCUCAGGACUUUGGGUCCCGAUGUGUUUAAUGGGCUGAGUGCUUUACAGGAGCUCAAUCUGUCCAAAUCGGUAGCCACUCCGUUACCUGUGACCAUCUUUAACAACAUGCCAAGUAUUAAAAGUGCGACUCUGGGGCCAAAUAUGCAUUGCUGGAAAACUCACAAGCAAGGACAGUUCCACAGGCAGAUAGGACAAGCGAAAGCAAACGACAUUUUGACUUGUGAUGUUCCAGGAAUCAUAUUGUAAAAAAAAAAAAAAAAGCUUCAAAAUACACUAAAUAUUGUAUUUUUUUCUUCUUUAGUGCCUUAUUUCUCUGAGACUGAUAUUCUCACUUUGACUCCUUCAUCGGGCCUCGUUUAUUCAUACGUAAAUGUGUUCACAGACCAAACCGAUUCAGAUUCGUGACGGAUUUAUAGAUGUUUCCGUAACGCCGAUGUUCUUCACCCUCCCGCGUACGUUGAUAAAUAUCAAUCGGCCGUAAAUAACAAGUACGUUCGCGGCACAGGUUAUUUCCAUUUAGCCACGCCCCAAAAUCCCCAUUAAAAGGCAAAGCUCACAGAGACGACUUAAACGAUCAAAGUGUGCCUCCUAAAUCUUCCAAUAAUGCAGCUUAGCCACUGCCGAGCAUCAGCUACCAUGACAACACUACUGCGCCACUUCCUGCUUAGGACACCAUUACGUUUGUCCUAGUUGAAUGGCUAGGGUUAUUUCUCUUAAUUUAUAUAUAGCUUUCUUUCAAGUGAACAUUUUCACUAAAUUGGUGAUUUUAAACUUCUUUAGUGUAAUCUGUAUAUAACGUCGUAGUGUCUCGGCGGAUGUAAGAUCUGAUAUUUGAUGAGAUUAGUCAGUUUCCUUAUGUAAAUUUAGUCAAAUUUUCAUUUUCAUGAAUUCCAAAUCGUCCUGUUAACGACGUCCGAAUCGGUUCAUUCUUACCGCUUUCGCUAAACGAGGCCCAAUCGAGGUUUUUGCACAUGAAGCCAACCGAUAUUCAUGAAUUUAUACAUUUCAGUCUAUUUUUCUACAGAUUUAUAUUUAUAGUAUUAAGAGCUCAUUAGGAGCUCAUAUGCACUUUAAGUAGACCUGGCCUUUCUGUUCUUGUUACAUUCGUUUAAUCCUUUAAUCCAGGUAUUUAGCCGCUUGCGUUUCCUCACAUUUCUUUUAAAUAAGGGGCUGUGUUUUGUUGUGUUUUUUUUUUUUUUUUGUUACAUUCCGUGCAUUACACUUUGGAUGUGCCUGAGGCAACUUCGAGAACCACUUUAUACAUUCUAACCAAAGGGGAAUGAAAUUUCAGUGCCUUAAUGUGACGCCGUGCACGUGUUUCAGCCUGCUGUGGGCUUACGGUACCGAUGGAUAUUUUCAAGCAUUUGCACGUUUCAGACUUUGGGAAGAAAAGUAACGACUGGAGUCGGGUUCCAUCCCUCUUCAUAAAACUCGACUCCCGAUCCCGCGAGCCGGCCGACGAGCGGAAAUGGCGAACCGUACGUUGAGGAUGAUUUAAAACGUGCACUCUGUUUCUAACAUCAUUUUAAGCUCAUGGCAUUUAAUCAAACGUUUAAUCUAAUCGUGCAUUUCAAGUCCAAAUCAUAAUGGACCUGGGUCAAAAAUGUUUGUUUUGCACUUUAUCACCAUACAAAAUGAUCGAUUAAAAUAACAAUUGUAAUUCUGGGUUUUGUAUAGAAUUGUACAUUUGUACCAAACACUACAUUUUUAUGGUUAAAUAAACUUUUUUUUUUUAUUUUUA